UGUUUUUUUUAAUUUCGCUGAAAACGGACGUGUUGUCGGAGACCAUGGGAAAUACAAUUUUGUUCUUAAUUAAUUAGUUUUGACCCGAAAUCGCGUGCAGUUCGUCAGACGGUAAUUCUUCGUUCGAUUUUUACAGCCGCAGGUCGUCUAAUAUCCAGAACUGCUAGAAAAUGCGGCUGGGCCGCAGAAAAAAUUAAGAAAAAUAAAUCGCGUCUAGUGUCGGACGCGUAAAAAUACGUUUUAAAAAAGUGGAAGUUGGAAACCUUGCCCCACAAGGAUCUGAAAGUAAAACAAGAAGAGAUAUCCUGGCCCACGCAGGAUAGCUGUGUGAAGCAAACGAGUGGUUAAGAAGGAGGGGGCAGCUGAAGCAAAAACAGGAUAACAAGACGGAGAAGAAGAAGAAGAAGCAGAAGGCGGUGCCGCAUCUGCCGCAGUCAAAACACAAGAGGAAAUGCAACAAAAGCGAGAUAAAAGUGCAUUCAGCUCAGGGAAAUGUGAAAUGUGAACGAUGUUGCAACGUCGCGCUGCUUGCAUUGCCAAGUAAAAGCAGAAGCAAAGUAAAAGCAGAAUAAAAGCAAAUUCAGAACAAACAAAAUACACAAAGUGUGUGAGCGAGAGCGAAAGAGAGAGAGAGAGAGGGAGUGUUUGGUGUAUCUGUGUUUGGUGCGUUCAUCCAUUCGCGUGUGUGUGUGUGUGUGUCGACAACAAAUUAUCGUUUAAUUUCCUUCGAUUUUGCACAAACAACAAGCAGCGAGAGAGAAAGGGGAUGUCCUUUCCACCACCACCACCCCCUAAGGUCAUAGGUUACAAGCCAGGAGUCAACCGAGCGGCUUAAGUGAAAGGCAGAGGCACACAGAGCAAAAAGCCAACGAACCCGCUUCUGGGAGCAGACAGUCGGCAAACGGAUUACGCACAUCCUGCAGAGGAGCUCUCUGUAGCUGAAAACCAGCCAUCAGCUAGCAGCUAGCAGCCAAGCCACAAUGUCUAAGCACACGGACAACGAUAAUCUGCGCAAUGACAUCUACGAAAAUCUGCCCUGUCAGGCGAUGUACAACGAUUCGGUGCGCAAGAUGCAGCAGCAGAAAUCAUCCACGCCGACAGCCAACAGUAACCCCAAUGCCAACUCCAUUGGGAAUUGCAACUCCACGCCGGCGAUUAACAAGAACCAUCCGCCGCCUGUGACCAACAUGCCCAAGGAGAUGUUGUAUGCGACACCUCUGAGGAAAUCUGAUCGCUACAAGAGUGGAGAAAGGAGUCGCCACGCGGCUACAGGAAAUCCGGAGACGAAGCUGUCAAACUAUCGGGACUCGAAUCGAUUGGCCAGCGCUCGCAACGGAAAUCCAGUGCAGAUCACUGAUCUAGACGCGGAUGAGGAUGACGGCCAGGGCGAUGGUGUGGAUGGCUGUGCUUCUACCAGUGCUUUGGUAGGUGGCUCCAAAUAUAGCAAUCAGCCACCUAGUGGCACGGCCAACCAGCAUCUCGAAGAUCGACGUAUCCUCAAUUUCCUUAAGGACACUACACAACUUCAGAAGAAACUCGAGAUCACCGGACGCGACUGUCCCAAUGCCAGUUUUUCGAAUUUGGCACGCGAGGAACAUUUCGCCAACUUGGUGCAGCAGAAUUUUCCGCAGGAUGUGGCUCAUCAUUUGAAUGGUGAAACCAACGGUGGAUCCGCACCAGAAGAAGAUGGUCACGAAGCCGCUGGAGGACCAAAACCUCAACCAGCUGAGGAUACGGAUGGGAACCUAGAGGCUCUUAUGCAACGAAAGGUGUCCCCGGAUAAGGAAGUCAAUGGUUUGGUUCACAGUGGUGGCCUGGAGCCCAACAAUCGAAUUGUGAGCACCGUUUACAUCCAUCGAGAAUGGGUGCUUAAGAAGAUUGCCCUGUGCUUGGAACAGCGAACUGCGGGCAAGAAGCCAGUACCAGUGGCUUUGGGAGCAGCAUCCUCCAGUUAUGUAUCAGCCAGGGCCAAGGCGGCGGCUAUAUCCAGCUCCAGUUAUAAUGGCUGUUUGGUGCUGGGCUCAAAUGGAUCCGGAAAGACCUCCAUCUGUCAGGCCAUCAUGAAGGGCAACUCUGGAACCAAGGGAAUACUCAACCGUAAGUUGCUGGCCUGCUACCUCAUCGAAUCCCAGAAUCCGGAGUGUCAUAGUCUUUCGCUGUUCAUGCGAAAGAUUGUACUGCAGCUGCUCAGCCAUGCAUCGUUGAUUAGCCGGGAUGAAAGCCAGCGGAUCAUCGAUGAAGGCUUCUCCUUCUUGCGCGAAGAGGCCCAACAGCAGGAGUUCAAACUGGACGAGGCCAUGAACAACAUAAGCCUGAGUGAGAAUGCCGAGGAGUUGCUGAUCGAGGAGCUUAAGAGGGGAGCCAGCGAGUGCGACACCAAAGAGCUGGAUAACUUUCAGGCACAGCGCACUUCCACUGUUAACAAGGCAACUAGGACUAGCCUAACGCGACAGCAAUCGGAGCCGGCUCCAUUGCAAAUCGACGAUGCAGUGAAUCCGGACGAUAAGACUGGCAGCAACUAUGGUACACAUCCACCAAAGCGCGCCUCCCGAGAGAGAGGUGAUGUAGAGCAGGACAAAGACGUGGGCAACGAAAAGGAGCAAAAACAAGCUCAGGAACCAAAAGAGCCUGCCAAGACGAGUCCUGCGAAAAGCAAGUCAAAGAUCCCCGUUAAACGGGGUCGUUCCGGCAGCGGUGUUCUCUCUCCAUCAAAGCUAGCCACCAUCAGCAAUGGUGUCCAGUCGAUUCAGCAGGGUGGUGGCGAGGAUAUAGCUGAUCUCAAUACUGACCAAGAAAAGCACGAAAUCGAAGCGGCCAUCAAGGAUGAUAAGGUGGAAGAACCACAAACCAACAACGAAGACACAGAGGAAGAUAAGCCUGAGGCGGAUAAGGAGCUAAAUGACAUACUAAAAGAGGAGUUGGAUAAAUCCUGCCAGGAAGUCAAGGAGGAGGAACCCAAAGAGGAGGGAAAUGCUGCUGAUUCCAGUACUGAACCUCUUAUUGAUUUUACAGAGACGAAGGUUAAUGGCAAAGGGGAGGAACCACAGCAAGCUCCACCAGUGCCAGGUGAGAAGCCCAGGAUGAGCACCAAUACCCUACCUCCACCUCUGCCCAAAACGAAGAGCUGUCGCACCAUCAUAGCUGAUGGCUAUUACGAGCUGCUGCUCUCCAAUCCGGAGAUCCUCGAGUGCCUCAGUGUAGACAACAUCGAAAAGAAUCCAGAUGAAUGCUUUAAGAAGGCUUUUCUCUUUCCUCUGCUGGAACUGACUCCUCCGAAGACGGCUUUACUCCUGCUGAUUGAUUCCAUUGACGAGAACUACAUCAAUGAGGGAAACCUCAUCUCCACUUUAAAGGGAGGAAGGGGUACGGCAACCAACCACAAGAGUCGCAAUGUAGCUGAGCUGCUCUCGAAUCACAUCCACCUGUUUCCCAAGUGGCUCUUCCUGGUGUGCACCACCAAGAAGCAGACCAAGCAGAUCACCAAGAUGUUCACUGGCUUCAAAAAGAUCACCCUAGACGAUCUACGGAAAUCCCACGUGGUCAAGGACGUUCAGGAGUACAUCAUCAACCGACUGAACUCUGACUUUAAGGACAGCAUCAUGCUGACCAAGGAGAUUAUCGAGUCACUUCAUCAGCUCUACAUCAAGUCGAAUGGAUGCAUUCUCUAUCUGGAGAAGGUUCUUCAUGGCAUCAAGGACAACUUUUUCAGUUUCCGGGAAAUCAAGCUGAUCCCCUGCACUCUGAACGGCCUGUACUUGUACAUUUGCCAGAAGUCCUUCAACAAGAAGCAGUACAUGAAGAUUCGACCUCUAUUAAAUGUCCUGUUAGCCUCCUCCGGCUACGUGGACAAGCUCUUUCUUUUCAACUGCCUACGCACACACAACUACACAAUCGAUUGCCAGGAGUUCGAGAAGCGACUUCAACUGAUGCGCAACAUCCUGGCCUACGACUCCAAUGCACAGCGCCUAAAGAUCUUCCACAACUCAUUUGCCGAUUGGUUGGUAGACGUGAAGUUCGCGACCAAGAAGUUUAUCUGUGACGUGAAUGAGGGCCAUGUGAUGAUCUCCAUGUACUACCUACUAGUUGCGGACACUCUCUGCGCGAAUACAGUUCGAAAGUUUGCUUACCAUCUCAUUCGAUCGGGAGAAUACCUGACCAGCCGGCACGUAGAUCUGGAUCUUAUCCUGAUGCUGUUGGAAUCGCGGCUCAAUUUGAGUGACUGUUUCUACACGAACCAGAUGAACUGCUGUGCCCAGUGCGAACAUGAUUUUAAGUAUGACGGCAACUUCCUACCCAAGACGCGAGCAAUGUUGGAGCGCUUCUUGGCCAGCGAGCUGAGCGAACCUUUUGCCCAGUUCCUCUGCGAUUUCUUCAAGCCUAGCCUACCCACGGACGCCAAGAUGCUGAAGCUACUCAUUGAGACGGGAAUCAACAAUGCCGAAUCCCAGAAUUCCUGCGAAUCAUCGCUUAUGUCACCGGAACUCUCAGAGAAAUCUCAAAAUAUUGACUUUGAGCUGGCCGAUCUCCUUUUAUCUAGCGAGAAGAGCUGCCUGAUGGAGACUCAAAGGGCUGGAAGUCCCUCGGAACACAGUGAGCCGCCGGCUGAGAGCCAGGAUGAGAAUGCUUCGAGUACCCUGCACCAGCUUUCCGAUUCCCAUCACAUUGAGCUGCACAAAGGCAAGGCUCUGAUCCACAUACUGGCUAAUGAUGGUAAUCAUCAGCUGCUGGAGAGGGCGCUCAACGCCUGCAAGAGUCCCAUCGAUCUGGAGAUUGAGGAUUACAAUGGCCAGACGGCCUUGAAUAUUGCCGCGCGAAAUGGUCACCUUGAGGUGGUGAAACUACUGCUCAGUUUCUCCCAGCCCUGUAACGAUGGCACUGGUAGGAUGAAGCGAGUGGAUGUGAACCAUGCCGAUCGCGAUGGCUGGACUCCCUUGAGGUCCGCUUCCUGGGGUGGUCACAGCGAGGUGGUGCGCCUGCUUAUAGCUCAACCAGCUUGUAAAAUUGAUCUUGCGGAUAAGGAGGGGCGUACAGCUUUAAGAGCCGCUGCCUGGAGUGGUCACGAGGACAUCCUAAAGCUAUUGAUCGAGUCGGGUGCAGAUGUCAACUCUGUGGAUCGUCAGGGUCGCACUUCUCUAAUUGCCGCCUCGUACAUGCGACACUAUGAUAUAGUGGAGAUUCUUCUGGAAAAUGGUGCUAAUGUCAAUCACUUGGAUCUGGAUGGACGCAGUGCUCUGUGUGUGGCCGCCCUGUGUGGAUCCUCUGGAUAUAGUAAGGUUAUAUCUACGCUGUUGGAUCAUGGCGCCAAUACGGAUCAACUUGACAACGAUGGCAUGUCACCACUGCUGGUCAGUUCCUUUGAGGGGAACGCCGAAGUGUGCGAGCUGCUCUUGGAGAAUGCCGCGGAUCCGGAUCUGGCUGAUUUCAUGGGACGAACUCCCCUUUGGGCAGCUUGUACGGCUGGACACGCCACUGUGGUCAAGUUGCUGCUGUUCUGGGGCUGUGGCAUCGAUUGCAUGGACUCAGAAGGACGUACAGUGCUAAGUAUUGGCGCAGCCCAGGGAAAUGUGGAAACGGUAAGGCAACUGCUCGAUCGUGGAUUGGAUGAAACGCAUCGGGACAAUGCCGGAUGGACACCACUGCACUAUGCUGCUUUUGAGGGUUUCCACGAGGUGUGCCUGCAACUGCUGGAAUCGGGAGCUAAGAUCGACGAGUGCGACAACGAGGGAAAGACCGCUUUGCAUCUGGCAGCUCAGGAGGGACGUCUUCAUUGCGUCCAAGCUCUGCUUGACAUCCACUCUAGUUUCGUCGAUCAGAAGGCUCACGAUGGAAAGACAGCUUUCCGACUCUCUUGUUUGGAGGGGCACAUGGACACCGUGGAGUUCCUGCUGAAGUUCUGCUGCGAUGUGAACUCCAAGGACGCUGACUCACGCACCACCCUUUACAUCCUGGCGCUGGAGAACAAACUUGAGAUUGUCAAGUACCUGCUGGACAUGACCAACGUGGACGUUAACAUUCCGGACAGCGAAGGCCGCACAGCCCUACAUGUGGCCGCCUGGCAGGGUCAUGCCGAUAUGGUCAAGACCUUGAUCGAGGCGGGAGCGGAUGUGAACUCUAUGGACCUGGAGGCUAGAACGCCACUACACUCUUGCGCCUGGCAAGGCAACCACGACGUAAUGAACAUCCUGCUGUACUACGGAGCAUUGGCAGAUCACGCCUGCAAGCAGGGAGCCACUGCUCUGGGCAUCUCAGCACAGGAGGGUCACGAAAAGUGCGUGAUUGCCCUUCUCCAGUUCGGAGCCAAUCCGUACAAGUCGGAUCAUUGCGGACGCACGCCCAUCAAACUGGCGGCCAAGUCGAGUCGCACCAGCAUCUUAAAGAUCUUCGAGAGCUACACCAAAAAUGAAGCUAGCAAUCCCAACGAACCCAAGUUCCAUGCACAUGCCAGCAUGCUGAGAUCUCCGGAUCAGCCGCCGGCUCUGCCACUUCACCAGAACCUGGCCCCCUAUCCAGCACAUGCGUCUGCAUCUUCGGUCUGUUCGGCGGCCACCACGGCUACAGUGCACAAUGGCAGCCACCUGCACGUCCUCAAUGCCUCCAGUUCCACGCACAGCUCGAACAACUUCUAUCAGAACACCAUGCAGUCAGAUACGAGCAGUUUGCACAAGCGCAAGAGCGUCAUCUCUAGUCAAUCCACGGGCAGCAGCAAUGAUCAAGCGCCGCUUACCUUCACUCAGCAAUUGCAGCGACAAAGCAAACUGAGCUCACGCAACAAUCUGAUGGUUAACUCGAAGCACGCUUCCAGCUCGGGAGCAGCAGGACACAAAAACAAUGGUGGAGGAGGAGGCGCCCAACGGCACUCCCAGGUUCUUCCCGAUCUCAGCGAGCAUCAACUUGCAUCUAACAUGACCAACGAGGCGGACAUGUACGAUAUGGAAUGCAUGUCACCGCUAUAUGCCACACCCCCACACUCGCCCAGCAGCGAGUUGAGUUCGCCCGGACAACUUCCGGGACUGAAUGCCUUCGUGGACGAUGAGAGGGCCGGAACUAGCACUGGCGGAGGAGCCAAGCUCCCAGAUAAUCAUUUCGCACGGGACACGCACAUGCGUAUUAUUCUGGGCAACCUCAAGGAAAACCAGCCCAGCUCCUCGAGCAAGAGCAAGCGCAGCGGAGUAUCCAGCAAUCCGGCUAUGCGGCUUAUCCGUAGUCGCUUCGAUGCCGCCUCCCAGUUAAUCAGACGCACCAACAACAUACUCUCCUCCAGUAGCAAUCAGGGCUCCUCCAGCAUUGGCGUCAAGUCGGGCACCUUCCAGUGGCGUAAGGAGAGUCAAAUGUAAAUGCCAGCGCGGAGAUUACAUUACUUCCCUGAAAACUCACUUCUCUUACACACCCACUUACAUACUCAGUCUUUGAAGCAUUACUUAUUUGAGUUUAUAUACCUUUGUACUUCUGAGAAAGUAUUUGUUUUUUGUGAUAGUUUCAAUUUUAGUAAACUUUUUAAUACGUAUAUUCUGAUUUAACUAAAUAUAUUUAGGCAUACCACCCAUACGAAGUAGUUUAAGGCGUGAGCCAAGUAUUAAGCUAAAAUCCCAUAUAUAGAAUACUUCAUUACAUUUUUGGCAUGCAAAUCGUAGCAAUUAUUCUUCAAUAUAGCGAAAAAUCUAACGAAAUUUAAAUAGAACACGACACGAAUGUAUAUUUAAGAGAGCUCAGACCACAGCACUGUUCUCAGUCUUAUUUUUAAAGUAUUUAUUAAAUCACCUUGCAUAAGA